AUGAAUGGUAUAUCCCUUAUUAGUGGCCCUGGACAUGAAUCUGCGUCUAAACGACUAGGGGCCACCAUAGAUGUCGUGGAUCCUAUCGAGUCCAAGGUUCAUGCGGCCAAGUUUUCAACGGCAACAGGCCUGGCCUGCGCCUUCAAUGGCAGUUUUGGAACUUCGAUGCCUUCAGGUGCCCUCGACGCUAUAUCAAGCCACUUUAGGGUUUACGAUCAGGUGCAGCUGACUCUACUCAACUCACUCAAUCUGGCCGGCUUCGUUGUCGGGCCCCUCUUCUUUGGACCUUUGAGCGAAUACAUCGGACGUCGGCCAGUUAUGAUAUCUACAUUCUUUGGUUAUCUUGUUUUCAUGCUCGCAUGUUCUGGAGCCCCCAAUUACACAGCCCUCUUAAUAUUCCGCCUUCUCUGCGGUCUAAAUGCCGCCGCCCCAAUGGCCGUAAUAGGAGGACUUUACGCCGAUGUGCUCGACGACCCUUCAGAGCGUGGUACCGCCAUGUCCCUAUACCUAGCCAUCAGCGGGAUCGGCCCCCUUCUAGGACCCUUCGUCUCCGGUUUCGCGUCUCAAGUAUCUUGGAGAUGGGCGUUCUGGGCCGCCACCUUAAUUGCUGUCCCGACACUCCCACUGGUAAUGACGCUGCCCGAGACUUUUGCGCCGGUUCUCAACAACAGGGAAAUUCACAAGCGCCGAAAGAACGGAGAUGAGGGUGUUGAAGAGGCCCAGAUUACAGAAUUACACCCGUUUGACGCCCGAGAGAUAUUCUUGCGUCCCGUUGUCAUGAUGGCUACAGAGCCGAUCCUUUCACUCUCAUCUCUUUAUGUGACAUUGGCGAAUUCACUAUUUUACAUCGCCUUCCAGGCAUAUCCUCUAGUAUUUGAAGGCAUAUAUCAUCUUCGCACCGAGAUUGCUGGUCUCACCUAUCUACCUAUCGCCCUUGGAACGGUGGUAGCUUUCCUGGGAUUCAUGGUCUACACACCGUGGUACGAUCGGUCCAAAGCAGCUGGCAAGCCGUGGGCUCAACGAGAAAUAAACCGUCGUCUACCGAUCGCCUGUUUCGCCGCUCCUCUCCUUGUCAUCGCACUCUUUUGGUUUGGUUGGACAUCCAAACCCUCAAUCUCACCGUACGUCCCAGCGAUUGGAGGAUUCUUCUCUGGCGCUGGAUUCCUUCUGAUAUUCAUGAGCAUCCUGAACUACAUCACCGACGUGUUUCGAGAGGCGUCAGCAUCGGCCCACGCGGGAGCCGGAUGUAUGAGAUCCCUUGGUGCCAUCGUCAUUCCGCUCGCGGCUGGUCCCAUGUAUGAUCGGCUUGGUGUUCACUGGGCACAGAGCCUCCUUGGGUUUCUCUCACUGGUCAUGGGGGCUAUACCAUUCUUCUUUAUGAAGUAUGGCGAGAGAUUGAUGCAGAAAAGCAAAGCUGCUCAGGGGGUAACACGAUAA